AGAAGAACUUGGCGUGGGAUGAGAUCGCCAAAAACUUCAACGCCAUGCACCCUGAUCUGGAGCCGCGAUCAGUUCAACAAUUGAAAAGAAGUUUCAACCGCAUCAAAUUGAAUGUGAAAAAGGAAGAGAGAGCCUACAAGCUGAAGGUGAAGAGGACUGGUGGUGCCCCUCCUCCAUCACCUCCCAAGUUUACAGAAGAACAUGAGACUGUUGCCUCCAUGAUCUCUGGAGAACUCAACAUGGGCGAGGAUGUCUUUGACACUCUUGCCAUUCAAGAUGGGCAUCCAGUGGAUGAGGCAGGCACUCCCAUCAUGGAUGUUACUUUCACUGUGAGUGGAAAACUGCCACCGACAGAGGUCCCCUCUGCUACUUCUGCCGCUGAAUGUGCUGAAGCACCUGCACCUCCUAGUGCUUCUACAUCUUUCCAGCCAGAAGCUUCAUCCUCUGCAUCCACUGCACCAUCACUAACUACAUUUACAUGUAAUGUGGCCUCAUCUUCUGCUGCCCCACGGCAGAGGAGGAAAUUUGAUGCAGAGUACCAGGCCUGUCGGAAGCAGCAGGAUGAGUAUCACCAACUCCUUCUUCAACAGACCAGAGAGGAGCACGACCAACAGAUGAAACUGUACCAGUUUCACAGGGAGGUGUUGCAGCGGCAGCUAGAUGUCUUCACGGAGACUUGGCAUCAUAUCCGUGAGGCAGCAGACACCUGCAAAGCCAAAUUUUUGGACAGUUUGGGGAAUGCCGGAGAGUAACAUCCAU